AUGCUUAUUACCGACGAUUGGUAUCCAGCCAUUCAAAAAUCAAACGUUCAUCUAAUUACAGACAAUAUCAAAAAAAUAAAUGAACAUGGUGUUGUCACGUGUAAUGAUAAAGAGUAUGAAGUUGAUACAAUUGUAUGGAGUACUGGUUAUAAUGUACACAAUUGUUUAAUUGAAUUUUACGGUCAAAAGGGAAUUAAAUUACAGGAUCAAUGGUCUCUAAGUACACAAGCCUAUCGUGGUGUAACUGUACCAAAUUUUCCUAAUUUCUUUAUUUUAUUAGGACCAAAUUCAGCUUUAGGGCAUAAUUCCGUACUGAUUAUGAUCGAAAGCCAAUUUGAUUAUAUAAUUGAUUGUCUUAAAUAUAUGAAAAAAAAUCAGUAUGAAGUACUGGUCGUCAACGCCAAUGUAUGCAACCAAUAUAAUAAAGAAAUACAAAAGAAGUUGAAACAUACAGUAUGGCAAGAAGGAGGAUGUUGUUCAUGGUAUCAGGAUAAACUUGGAAAUAAUACAACACUGUGGCCUGGUUUCACCUGGACUUAUUGUCUUUUGAUGAAGCAUUUUGAUUAUCAAAACUAUCAAUUCGAAAAACGUCAUGAUGAUAACGAAAAAAAUGCAAUUCAAUAA